GCCAGUUCAAUAACUGUUGUUACCGCCCCUGAAAAUUACCCCCCUUUACUGCUCUUCGCUGAGGAGGUAAAUCAUCGAUUUCCGGUGGUUAGCAAAUUAUUGCGCAAUGGACGACUUAUCGAAUCUAGAAUACAAAUCAACAGAGAAGAAACGGAAUUACUGCUGUAUUUGCAGUAAUUUUCGGGGAAAAUUAGUAGAUGGGAAACAAGUGAGGUUGCAUAGAUUUCCAGCCGACGAAAAAGUAAGAAAACUAUGGAUCAAAAGACUGAAAACUGUCAGCACUGGCUUCGUUUUGAAGAUCAAGAACGAUCGGCUGUGUUCAGCACAUUUUGUCGAUGGGGUCUACAACAGCAAGAACCAAAUUCCCAGUAUCUUCAUGGUGAACAACAAGCAGAAGAUCUUUAAAACAUCGGAGGUUGAGGAAGAAAGUUACACAACAGAGGCAUCUGCAAUCCUGCAAGAAAACGAAGAUAGCCGGGAGAGUGAUUGCUAUGAAAACAUGUGA